AUGAAUUCAUCCCUACACGCACAGCAUUUUCGACGUGGUGGCAAUGUGUUGACUAGGCGCGGUACUGGCUCAUCGAGAGCCAAGCGCACCAGGAAGGUUGGAAUCGUCGGAAAGUACGGUACCCGAUAUGGUGCUUCGCUGCGUAAGAUGGUGAAGAAGAUGGAAAUCACCCAGCACGCCAAGUACACUUGCACGUUCUGCGGCAAGGAUGCUAUGAAGCGGUCGUGCGUAGGUAUCUGGUCGUGCAAGCGAUGCAACCGUGUCGUUGCAGGUGGUGCCUGGGUGUAUUCAACCACAGCAGCUGCCUCGGUACGAUCAGCUGUCCGUCGUCUGCGUGAAUUGUAA